AUGUUAAAAAAAUUUAUCAACAGUUUGGAAGAUCCAGAAAAACCACUAUUCGGUCCAAAUUUUUGGAUCCUCAAAAAAGUAGGUUUAAUUCUCCCAAACAACUACAAGGGCAAAAUUUUUUAUAUAUUCAUGCAUGAAUUAGUUACAUUGUUCGUGAUAACUCAAUACAUUGAAUUGUAUAUCGUGAGGUCAGAUUUUGAGCUUGUAUUGACCAACCUGAAGAUUUCCAUGCUGAGCAUUGUAUGCGUCGUGAAAUCCAACACAUUCAUCCUUUGGCAAGAUAAAUGGAAGCAAGUCAUCAAAUACGUCACUGAAGCUGACCAUUGGGAGAGGCAAAUGAAGGACGCUGUGAAAGGACGAAUAAUUGACAAAUACACGAGUUAUUGUCGCAAAUUGCUAAAUUUCUACUGGGUAUUACUCGUGAUAACAGUGACUACCGUAUGUGGCUCACCGCUCUUCAGAUAUCUCUCGUCAUCUAGUUACCGAGAAGCAUUGCAUAAUGGAACUGAAUUAUUUCCACAUAUAUUUAGUUCUUGGACACCAUUUGAUAAGUAUCACUCGCCUGGUUCAUGGAUAACAAUGAUCUUGCAUACAUAUUUUUGUCUCGAAGGCGCUGGCAUUAUGGCCUCUUAUGAUACGUGCGUUUUGGUAAUCAUGAUCUUCUUUGGGGGAAAAUUGGAUCUCUUGAAAGAAAGAUGCAAGGAAAUAUUCAAGGACGUUUAUACAGAAGAAGAAGUCAUCGCUAAAGUUAAGGAACUGCAUGAAAUUCACGUUUCGCUUAUGAAAUAUUCGCGAACAUUCGAUUCGCUUCUAUCGCCGGUUAUGUUUUUCUACGUUGUGAUUUGUUCCCUUAUGCUGUGCGUAAGCGCUUUUGAAUUAACUUCGGCCCCAGACACAACUCAACUACUGCUCACGGCGGAAUACCUAAUAUUUGGAAUAGCGCAGUUAUUCAUGUACUGUUGGCAUAGCAACGACGUCUUAGUGAAAAGUGGCGACGUAGCAAGCGGGCCUUACGAAAGUAAAUGGUGGAAAGCUAGUGUUACUGAAAGAAAAUAUGUUCUCACACUGGCUGUUCUAUUUAUUUUUUUAAUUUCAGAUAAAAAGUGUGCUAUGGAAAACCAAAAUUCACCAGAACGUACUGUACCAAUACAAUAUGUGCGUGCUUCACGAGCUUUUCGGCAAUUUAAAAACCCGCCCCAACCUCAUAUGUGUAUACAGGAUACAAUAAAAGAUUCUACGGAGAAACUGUUUAUAAAUGUGCUAGGAUGGCAGAAAAUCGCAAACCCCAAGCAGUAUACAGAUCCAAUACCCUUAUAUGGCGGUAUGCAGAUUCAUCAAGGGUGUGGGCCAAAUAGCAAUAGACCUCCUUUAUUAGUAUUUGCUGUGAUGGUGAACCCAGACAUUUUAAAAGCUAAUGGGAAAAAUGCUUCAAAUCCAACUGAUCGAGAGGCGCUAGUCAGUCUGCUGUGUGAUUUUGUAGAGGCAAUGAACCCAGGGUUGGUGCUAGCACGGAACCCAGUUAUAUUGAAGGAUCGGGAUUUAGCAGGCGAGCUCAAGGACGUUUGGCUUGCUGUCCAGACUAAACGGGAGAGAGAGAAGGGCAUGAGUCAGGAUGUAAUGUAUAAGGUCUAUGACAUAGAUGGUAUUGGCAGUGAUGAAGUCAAUGAAGAAGACAGAAACGGUAAGCAGUAUGAUGGCAACUCUCCGAACAAAAAUCAGAAUUUUGACAAGAAAAAUGUGAAAUCAUCUAAGCAAAUACUCAUGAAUGCUGGACAAAAAUCGGAAUUCGACUCUGGCAUGAAUAACUGCCAAUUGAAUCAAAAUAGUACGACAAAGGACAAUAGAUGCGCAAACACUGAUGCUGAUACGACUUAUUGCACGCCGAAGUAUGGGCAAAUGGUUUCAAGCAGAGAAAAUCACAAUCAAAUCAAUGAUAUACAACAAAAGUUCGCCGGCAAUGAAACAAAACCUUCAAGCUCAUUCAGAAAAGAUUGGAAUUCAGUGCACGGUAAAACCGCACAAAGUUGGGAUGAAUUCUCGAAGCGGAAUGUGUCUCAAAUGAAAACGGAAGAUGGAAAGAAACAUAAAAAAGACAAAAAAGAAAUGAGCAACGGCAAAGCCCAUUAUGAUUUUUUCCCAGUAUUCGGCAACCGAAAUAACCAAGAAGUAGCAGAAGACAGUAUAAAACAAGAUAUUAGUAAUGAAGACAAUUCUAAAAUAAUAGUAGAUCCAAUGCAGAAAUUAGUUCUGCAUUCGACUGAUAAUAAAAUUUGUGAUAAUAAAUCAAGUGCUCUCAGCUCACUUAGUUCGUAAAGCUUUUUAUAAAUAACUUUUAUAUGGCAGUUGUAUGGAUUGCCUGUGUAUAAAGAUCCUCAGAUCCAGUUCUGCAAGUCAAAAGUGUCCUCAUGUUGUAAAAAUUAUCCAUGAAAGAAAAAAAUUUUUGGCGCCAAUUUUUGUGGCAACUGUCAGACAGGGGUUCCUGGUCUGGUUUAUAAUUAAUGCUUGUAUGUUGACAAUUUAUAUGUUUAGAAUUAGUAUAGUGAACAGAAUACAGGACUAGUCAAGUUCUUUUGGACAAUACAUAUGCAAACAAUUUUUAAAAAGUGGACAAUUGACAUUGAAAUCUCACAAUGAUCUUUUUUUUUAAUAAUUGUCAAGUUUAAAAAUUUGUAAGUUGUCUAUAUACAUAUGUAUUUUUUUUCACUGGCACAAAUAAUGGCGAUUUUAUAUAUGGACAGUAUAGCCGAGAAGUAUACUCUAGGCAUGUGUAUAAUAUUGAAUGUGUAGACUUGGGUUUUAUAAUUAUAGUUUUUUGAUAAUUAACAGUGAUGCUUUGUUUAUAAUGCGUAGAAUAUACACAAUUUAAUGUGUAAAAAUAAUACAAAUCCAAUAUUGCAUUUCUAUUGUAUAAUAUUUAAGUUCUUGAUUUAAUUUAACAAACACUUUUUUUUUCAUUGGUUACUUGAAAACACCACGGUUUUUUUAACCGAUCCUCGUUAUUCUUUAUGUAUUUGAUAGGAGUUUGGGAACAUUUGGUCCCAUUUUAGAAUCUGGAGUGGUUUUUUCCCUCUGGGAACACCAUUUUGGUUGAAAAGAUUAAUGUUUAAUUUUGUUGUACCAUCGCGCAUCUGGUUUUAUAUAUUAACAAUAAACUGUAGUAAACACUGGUAAUUAUCAAAAAAAAAAUGUUUGUGGAACAUGAUUGAAAGUAUAAUUUGCAUGCUUGUGUAUGUUAAGGGUUGUGUAUAAAGAUAAAAUAUAUUUGUGUGUUCGAUUAUCUGACUGAGCAUUCGCUCAAUGUUGCUAUUGAUAAAUUUAUACAUUGCUAUAUUUUCACUGUUGCCAAUUUGAAAUAUUAAUAAUCGUUGUUGAUACGUUGGGUAUCUACUCGUUUUUUUUAUCGCCAAUAGGAAUCUUCCAGAAAUUGAACCAACGGGCUUUGAAUUGAAAGUCUUAAACAUAUGUAAUUAACCAAGCUAAGGGUUGUUAGUAUUGCAUAAUUGUGUAGUUUUCAUUCAAUGAAGAAAUAAUUCACAUAAAUUGCCACAAAUUGAAUAGAUCAGUUGUUGUAUAGUAAUUAUUUUUUUUUAUAUAUUUUAAAGGAUAACAUACAAUUCUCAUGAGAAAAAUUAAGACUAAAGAAGGUAAUAUAAUUUAUUAUACCUAUUCAAUUUAUACACAAAUAUGUAAAAGGAUUUCAAUUCAAUAUUUAUGUUUAAAGACCAAUAUCCUAAAGCUUUUACCACUCGCUUUAUGCUAAUAUUUUGUGCACAAUACAUUUAUAUGAUCGCCAUAUAAUUAAGAUGGCGAUAAAAUAAACGAGGCAUAAUAUUAUAUAUUUCUUGCUCAUAUUUGUUCAUAAUUUUUAUAAGAACAUAGUCUUACAUAUGAGUCUGUUAUCUGUAUAUUGGUAAAAUUAUUAACAUUGUAUGAUAUAUCAAAUCAUAUUUCAUAAAUUUUUUGAAUUCGAAAGUUCGAUUGGAUAUUUAAAAUUUAUCCCAUGGCAACAAAUAUAUUCUAAAUUUGAAAAAUGAACUAUGAUUGAAAAUGACUCAUAGACUGUAUUGACAUUGACUUGUAUCAAAUACUUAUAUAUUUGAUCAUUAAUGAUCUCAAAUAUUAUAAUCCAAGUGAUGCCCUUAUUGUAAAUUCCCAUCACUGCCAAAGUAUGCUUGAUGUUGCAUUUAAUAUUUCACAUACACGGUUUUGAAGGUUCAACUCAUCUAUCCUCAAAUAUAAGAACCCACUUUAAUGAUACUUUAUAGAUAUGGGUAUGUUUGAAGAUAGAUUUUAUUACCUUGUACCUAUUUCGUGUUUUUUUACCUCUUGUGAAUAACUAUUAGAAUAGAUGUGUCAUAGACUAGAUUGAUUGAUUUUUUUCACUUGCAAUAAUUAUUGUUAUUGGUUUUAUUUUAUUAUGAUAUUAUGGAUUUAAGAAAAAUGUUUAAAGUAACAUAUGAUGGAAUAUAUUAACAAUGAUCCUGAAUGUAUAUGUCAUUUUGAUAAAUAUUCUUAUUUAUUAAUUUUUUUAUAGCAUCAAAAUACUUUAUAUAAUUUGUUUUAAGUUAGAAUUAAUCAGAUCAAAAGGCGAGAUUCGAACCCGAGAGAUCAGGCUAUCCCAUGGUACGCCAAACGACGCUGUUUCGACUCCCGCCUUAUGUUCGUUUUUUUUCUAUUCUGAGAACAAUUUUCAAAUAUUCUCAUGUUGAGUUUCCAAAAAAAAUUUGUCAAUUUUUUUUUUCCGAGUGGCUGAUGCUCUAUCAUUGUAUACGCAAGUUAUUAUUCUCUGCUUGAUAUUAAUUGCAUUUAUCAACAAUAUAUUUUUUGACAUGUAAUUUUAAUGUUUAGAUUUUAUUUUCAUAGAUUCGGAAAGGUAUUCUUUUUCUAAGGAUGUGUAGCCAUAGCAGUAUCGAAUUAUUAUUAUUGUUCCUUUUAUUGAUGUAUAUCUAUAGUUUUGAGAAUAUAUUAGAUUAUUUAGCCUCGCUAGUCUUAUAAGGAAUGCAUUAUACCAAAUGUUUAUGUGGGGUAAUCAUGGUGGUGCUUUAUUAUUAAAGUGCAUUAUUUUUAUUUCUUAUUUUUCGAUAAAUAUCUUAUAUGAUCAAAAUGAAUGACCAAUUAUUAGGGCUAAUAAAUGUUAUAAAGUUAUAAAUAUUUAUUAUAUAUUCACAUGAUUUUAUGUUUAUUUUUAUAUACAAUGACAGAUUAAUUUGAAUGUUUUAAUAUCAAAAGGAAAUGUAGUAUAUGUGUGCUUUUGUAUUAUUAAAAUUAUGGCACUUUAAGAAUUUUAAAAUAACUCUUUUCUGAAUCUUUUGUGCACAAAUUUAAUUAAUUUUAAAUAAGUCUUCACUGUAUCAUAAUUAUUACAUUUGGUAUAAUAUGUUCGUAUUCGCAAUAUGUUAUGCAAUAAACAUAUUCUCAUAUAAUUAAAGUUUAAUAGUGCUAUAUCGCAGUUAGUAUUUACUUUGAAGCUAGACUGUUUUAAUGUACGUCGUACCUAAUAACUAUAAACGAAUAAAAUAUCGGAUCUCUUGUU